GAGGAACAAGGAAGUGCAGUUAGCAAACAGCAGUGCAGAGUACGAGCUACAUCAGCGGCUUUAUUGAGCUUUGAGGCACUAUUUGUUCACCUAACGUCCUUUCAAACAUGCCUGAAGUAUUAACACUAAGGAUUCAAGCGGUUAACACCAGUGCCAGCGACGGACUGGAGGGGUUUAAAGCGUAUGCUGUGUUCCAGGAAAUCAGCAAGAAACUGCAGGAGGAAGGGGAGCAAUUUGUGAAAAAGAUCGGGGGGGUGUUUGCCUUCAAAGUGAAGGACGGCCCAAAUGGAAAAGAGGCGACUUGGGUCGUGGAUGUGAAGAAUGGCAAAGGCUGCGUUCACAAUGACAUAGAGAAGAAAGCAGAUUGUACCAUUUGCAUGUCAGAUACAGACCUGUUGGCCAUGAUGACAGGAAAGAUGAACCCACAGACUGCGUUCUUCCAGGGCAAGCUGAAGAUCACGGGGAACAUGGGACUGGCCAUGAAGCUCCAAAACCUGCAGUUGCAGCCGGCCAAAGCCAAGCUGUAGAUGAGACUAGCUGUGACCUCUACACCUCUGAAUACUGAAUAGUUUCUGUAUCACAGAUUAAAAACCAUCAUGAAUUUAACAGCAAGUCUGGUUUCAGAGCAGUUUUAAAGGUCUGUUAAACCUUCUCUCACUGGACUAAACCAUUUUUCCUGCUACUGACCGGCCGGGGGUGGGGGGUGGGGGAGGGGGAAUUAGUCAGCAACCCUGCCAAGCUAACUGGUGUAAAAGAUAGAUGGGUAGAUCAUUAAUUCUCUAAUAAAGUACCUCUUGUGAUAAUACCCUCGGUACACUAGAGUAGAGACAGGUGCUGCCUACUUUGUGAUACUAAUUCAGUUUAAGUCCACUUUCCUGUAAUUUUCCAAUGCCAGUGAUUUUUCUUCUUUCUUUUUUUUUUUCUUUGAGUGCAUUUGGUCUGGAAAUGUUUUGAUUAGAGCACAUUGAUGUCAUUUUCCACAAUCAUGGACACAACAGUCUAAGUGCCUCCUCGUGUCAGAUUCGCAGUUCACUCAAAGGUUUUUAGCCAGCAACAUAGAAAUGUUUUUCACUGUGGCCGCCUGCCAUUUUAAACGACCAGUGUGUGAGAAAUAGUGGCAUCUAGUGAUGAGGUUGCAGAUUGCAACCAAAUGAAUACACCCCCUACCCUGCCACAAGCAUGUAGGAGAAUCUACAGUGGCUCUAAAACUCAUAAAAACAUGCAAAAGACCCUCUCGAGAGCCAGUGUUAGGUUUGUCCGAUCUGGUCUACUGUAGAAACACGAUGGUGCAACAUGGCGGGGGUUUGUAGAAGAGGACCCACUCCCUAUGUAGAUACAAGGGGGUCAUUCUAAGAUAAUGAAAACACAACAGUUUUUAUAUUCAGGUGAUUAUACACUGAAUAAAAAACUGAUUAUUCUAUUUCUGCCAAGUCCGUUCCACUAGAUGCCACCAAAUUCUACACACUGCACCUUUAACAGACAGUGUUGUAAUAAUCUGCCGUGCUGUCAUCAUUGUAUACAUCUCAAAAAAAAGAUUUCUACUAAAUAAAUCGUAUUUGCUGCACAGGUC